AAGAUGCUUUAUUUUUCAAGUAUUCAAUCCUUCUUGGUUGAUAACAUUCCCUCGACUAAAGAAUCUUUUUCCAUUGGGAACUUUCUUACUUAAUAGUGUGGUUGGUUAUAACCACUAAUUGUUUUGUAAUAACCUAUUUGAAAACAUAUGCUUGGUUAGCAACCUAUUGGUAGACUAAAUAAAAACUAACUAUCUAUUUUUGAAUUUAAAAUAAAAAUAAAUUUUUUUUUUGACCUAUGAACUUAAAACUACAAGAUGUUUAUAAGAAUCUAACAUGAAUUUUAAGUUUUGAAGUGCAAUCACUAAAAGAUACAAUGGAAAUAUUUUUUUAAAUUUUAUUUCAAGUUCAAUUUUGGCUUUGCAACCCUUUGUCCUUCUUCCUUUAGCCCCUUGGCCUCUUCCCUUUCUCUCAACUUUGAGCUCCCAAUUUGUGUGGACAAGCAUGGGCAGGCACAUUAAAACAAAAAUAGAGUUGUCCAAGAUCUAUUGAUGAAUUUUUUAAAUUACUAAGAUUCUAGUCUGGGAGACAUCUAAUGCUAGCCCAGAAUAAGCACAUCUAUGAUCCAAAAUUCACCCAUGCACCACAACAAUUUCACCAAUCAGUAACAUUCAAUGGUCAGUCGCACAGUUAACAGCCAAAACUCUAUUGGCUGCUGCAGGUCUAGAUUGGAUCAGCAUGACAUGCAUUUAUUUGUGAUGAGACCUUGCCUUGUAUAGUUGUUGCUUCACUGUAUAUUAGUUGAAAUCAAAGAAUAAAACCCUAUUAAAUGAUGCCUUGGAUGUGUGCAAUCUGUGUGGAUACAUUUAGGUAGCAGUUGUUCUAUCAGAGGACUUCAGUUAAGUGGACAAUAUACUGAUAUUCCACCCAUUGUGCUCCAGAGCAGGCUAGUGUUGCAUCAGGCAACAGUAUUGCUGGAGAAGCCAUUGACCUUAUCAGUAGACAUUUGUGGAGGCAUGUUCCCACGAUUGGACCCUCUGAAUCAUUUGAAGAAAUACAGAGGAGGCUUUGAUGUCACCAACAUGCACUACUGGAGUUCUCUUGCCUACACAGGAAUCUGGGGCUACAUAAUUGCUGCUUCUUGCCUCAUAUUUGGAGUUGGGUCAGUCAUAUGGCAGCACUACAACUGGCGUUAUGAGUUGAAGAAAACCACUUUCAAUCCUUCUUUGGAUAAGCUUCACAGUGUAUCUGUGUACUGCAUGAUACAAUUCAGCAUACUCCUUUUAGGAGCCAGUGGUGUAAUAUUGUGGGAAAAUGAUAGGCUUGUCCAUGAACUAAAGAAAACUGGAGGGAUCUUGGUUAGCACUGUGGACCAAGUCACUUUGCAAGUUGAUGGAGCUAUUAACAUGAUUCCCUUAUCCAACAUCAGUCCCAUGGCAAAUCAGGAUAUGGCAAAGAGUACCCUCUCUGCCUGUAAUAACCUUGGUGACACAUUCAGAAAUCUUACACAAAAUGUUAAAUCACACAUGUCUCAUGCCUACAAAAUUUUUGACAUUGUAAAUAUAGUUGUGUCUAUGGUUGCGUCUCUGAUGAUUUUGAUGGUGAUAAUUGGCAUUGGUAGACAACUCUUUCUGUUUUCUUUUUUCUUUUUUCAUUUUCCCCUUUAUCUUGUUUUUAUUUUUUUGUGAAAAUACUAUUUUUAAACAGCACACUGCAAAUUGCAAAGGUUUUCUAUGGGUUUGAGUCAUCCAUAAUCAAAAAUAAAAUUACAUUCAGAAAAAACAGAGUUUAAAUUUUAAAAGUAAAUGGUAUUUUCCUGCACAAUUCCAGCAUGAAUGUUUUGAAAAUCUCAAAACAGGAAUUAAAACUAAUAAUCAAAAAUAUUUUGGUAAAACCAAAUUUAUGCAUCUUCCAUUUAAAUAUUAAAUAACGUUCCAUUCCUAAAGCUGUUGUUUUUAUAUGUGUGUGAAUAUAUUUUUAAAUAACAAUUGGUGUUUUCAAAGUCAAAUUAAAAAUAUUUCAAAACUUUAAAUUUUAAAUCAAUGAAAAAAACU